AUGGCUGGGGGAACACCCCAUGCGGACGUUUAUGCUGCAAGGCUGGGUGACAGCACUCUAGAUGUCAAACUCAAGCUUCAGAUAGCAGGCGAGCUUCGGGAUUCAAUCGACGUAUUCACCCAUGUCCCUACGGAAUACACAAAAUUUCUUCAAAAGCUUAUGCCCGUGUUUUUCACGAUACUUAAUGGGCAACCGGUGUUUAUAUCUACAUCACCUGACCAGAAACUACGAAAUAUCAUACUAGAUACAAUUCAUCGAUUUCCAUUCUCGCCGAUAGAAGCUCUGGAGCCAUACGCGGUCGAUUUAAUGACCCUUUUAAUGAAUCUUGUCAAGACAGAAAAUGAAGACAACGCCGUUCUUUGCAUGAAGACAAUCAUUGACUUUCAACGAAAUUACCAGAAGCAGCUCACCGAAAAGGUCCAGCCCUUUCUAGACCUGAUCCAGGAGAUGUUCUACAUGAUGCCGAAAGCUGUCAAAGAGACUUUUGAUAACCCAUCUUCAACGACCGGGGGAACACCAGGAAUGCCAGGUACUCCAGGGAACACUGGGCAAAACUUCCAAAGCCCAAGACCAAUGUCACCGAUGAAUGCAGGCCAGGACCCAGGAGCCGACCCCCAACAGCCAACUAAGAUGCUAGUCAAAGGAAUGCAGAGUUUCAAGGUGCUGGCAGAGUGUCCUAUCAUCGUUGUAAGCUUGUUUCAGGCCCACCGGUCUUGUGUACACAAGAACGUGAAACUCUUCGUACCAUUGAUACAAGACAUGCUGCAACUGCAAGCAGGGCCUCAAGAGGAAGCUCACAAGCACGCAAAGGCCAAAGGUGAGGUUUUUACAGGUGUCAGUCCUGCUAUAAAAAAUAGAGUGGCAUUCGGCGAGUUUAUAACGGCCCAGGUUAAGACGAUGAGCUUUUUGGCAUAUGUUCUUCGAGUUUACGCACAACAACUUCAAGACUUUUUACCCAAGCUCCCGGAGAUUGUGGUAAGGCUGUUAAAGGACUGCCCCCGUGAGAGAUCAGGAGCACGAAAAGAACUUUUGGUGGCCACACGGCAUAUCAUAAAUUUCAACUUCCGGAAGAUCUUCUUGAAUAAAAUCGAUGAGCUUCUCGAUGAGAGGGUCCUGAUAGGCGAUGGAUUAACAGUCUAUGAAACCAUGAGACCUCUAGCCUAUAGCAUGCUUGCGGAUUUGAUACACCAUGUUCGUGACUCUCUUGGUCGCGAGCAAAUAGGGAGAACAGUUGAAGUGUACACCAAAAAUCUCCAUGAUAACUUUCCAGGAACAAGUUUUCAGACUAUGAGCGCAAAACUUUUGCUAAACCUGGCAGAGUUCAUUGCGAAAUUAGAAGACAAACAAGAGGCCCGACAUUUUCUCAUAAUGAUACUUGACGCAAUUGCCGAGAAGUUUAAAGCUAUGAACAGACAAUAUGAAAAUGCGGUGAAGCAAAGCCGACUCAACGCCCUCACCAAGGAAGAAGGGAACUCGGAAGAACCUUCGACAGACUUGGCCGCCCCUGCAAAGAGAGAAGAAUAUGACGAAAUCGAUAUUUUUCUGGCAACCCCCAUCAAAACCUCAAAUCCAAAAGAGCGAGGUGCAGAUCCUGUUUCAGACAACAAGUUUCUGUUUAAGAACUUGAUGAAUGGGCUAAAAAGUAUGUUAUUUGCACUACGAUCGUGUAACCCUCCUGCGAAGAAUAACGAAAACAAUCCUCAAAACUGGAAUGAGGUGGCGUAUGGGUUCAGUGCCGAAGAAGUAAAUAUCAUUAUCAAGUUAUUUAGGGAAGGUGCAAGGGUUUUCAAGUAUUAUGGCGUUGAAUACGAGUCAAAACCUUCAGAUCCCAACACAUCGCCGGUAGAGUUUCUUACGAACCACUUUAUGGUUCCGAGCGGGAAAGAGGAGAAAGAGUUGCUUGAGACAUUUGCGACUGUUUUCCACUGUAUCGACCCAGCAACUUUCCAUGAAGUAUUUCAUUCAGAGAUUCCACAUCUCUAUGAAAUGAUGUUUGAACAUACAGCUCUUUUACACGUGCCACAGUUCUUUUUGGCCAGCGAGGCAACCUCACCAAGCUUCUGUGGGAUGCUUCUUCAAUUCUUGAUGGAUCAUAUUGAGGAGGUGGGAACUAGCGAUACCAGGAAAUCACAAAUAUUACUUAGACUUUUCAAGUUAUCCUUCAUGGCGGUCACACUUUUCUCUAACCAGAACGAGCAAGUUCUACUACCCCACGUCAGCAAGAUUGUUCUAAAGUCUAUCAGUUUAUCGACUACAGCAGAAGAGCCGAUGAAUUAUUUCUUACUCCUUAGAUCACUAUUCCGAAGCAUUGGCGGUGGAAGGUUUGAACAUCUAUAUAAGGAAAUCCUACCUCUUUUGGAAGUACUCCUGGAAGUUUUGAAUACACUUCUCAUAUCUGCUCGGAACAUCGUACAACGAGAUCUCUAUGUUGAGCUUUGUCUUACAGUCCCCGCCCGCCUCAGCAAUUUACUCCCUCAUCUCAGCUUCCUAAUGAAACCAUUGGUUGUGGCAUUGAGGGCAGGACAUGAGUUGGUCAGCCAAGGACUAAGGACGUUGGAACUGUGCGUGGACAAUUUGACGGCAGAUUAUCUUGAUCCAAUCAUGGCACCUGUCAUUGAUGACCUGAUGGCCGCUCUUUGGGACCACCUCAAACCAUUACCGUAUAGCCACGUUCACAGUCAUACAACCAUGCGAAUUCUAGGUAAGCUUGGCGGCAGGAAUCGUCGGUUUCUGACGCACCCGCCACCUCUACCAUUUAAGCUAUAUGCAGAUGAUGCAUGUAGCGUUAAUAUCAGAUUACAUGGAGCACCGGGGGAGCGUGCAUUCCCUAUUUUGUCUGCGGUUGAUCUUGCUAUUGAGAGGCUAUUCGACAUGAAACCUCCGAAGUCCGACCAGGAUAAAGCUACAGAUACAUUCUACAAACAUCAAUCUCUACGUUUGCUUAGUGCCAAUUUAAAGCUUUUCAUUGGUUAUGAUCAACUACCCGAGGACUUUGCGCAAUUGGUCCGGAUACAGGCAAACGAUCUUGCCGCAGGGUCCACAGAUCUAGCCGCUGCGGUUAUUGUGCCGUCAGACCGGAAUAAGCCAGUUUUCAAGAAGCAUGAUCAAGAGGCAACACUUCGGAAAUUAUUGAGAUCUAUUAUCCAUGCGGUUUCUAUCCCACAGUUGGAGGAGGAGGCAAUGGCUUUGACCUACGAUGUUUGCCGUCACUUCACUAUCUUGGAGCUGGGGAAAUCUGUUACGGAAAUGCGACAGAAGACGCAGCAGUUCAUGGUGAAUAGUGGUGAGGGUCCAAUGCAUUUAGAUAGCCGAGUUUUGGCGGAUGCUAUAGCAGACUGCUUGUCCUCCGAGCACGCAGCAGUUAGGGAGACGGCGAAGAAGGCGAUGAAGGUCAUCUACGAUACUGCUGCUACUCUCUUUGGAUCAAACGAGAUGGUGCACAAGCUCCCAUUCUUCCAAUGGCUUGCAAAGACCUUUUGUCACUCUUGUUAUGAAGAGGAGUGGUAUCCAAAGUCCGGUGGGUGUUUAGGAAUCCGGGCGCUUACGGAGGAUCUAGAUAUGGGUGAAGCAUGGAUGGUGGAACGUCAACAUGAUUUCGUUCGGGCCUUAUUAUAUGUUAUUAAGGACAUGCCACCGGACCUGCCAGCUAGUACCAGAGAAUGUGCUCAGUCUACAUUGGAUCUGGUCCUAAGAAAAUGCAAUCAGAACGUUUCCAGGGAAGAAAUCGGUACAUAUCACUCGAAAAGUUUUAACCUUUGCGCUUUGCUCAUCUGCGAGAUCUCGAAUCCAAAUAAACAUGUCAGAGAAACAGCGCAAGCGUCAUUUACCACUCUCUCCAAUAUUCUCGGGGUAGGCAUUCAUGCGUUAAUGACACCGGUCAAGGAACGAUUAUUGACUCCAAUUUUCAAUAAACCUCUUCGUGCGCUCCCAUUUGCUAGUCAGAUAGGGUAUAUUGAUGCCAUCACUUUCUGUUUGAGCCUCCAGCCCGCAUUCUUAGAGUUCAACGAAGAAAUGAAUCGUCUCAUGAUGGAAGCGCUCGCCCUUGCCGAUGCUGAUGAUGAUGCUCUGUCAAACAACCGGAUACCAGAGCACAGGACUACUGAAUCGGUCCUCAAUCUUCGAGUCGUAUGCAUCAAACUGCUCUCAACCGCCAUCACAUAUCAGGAUUUUGCACAACCAGACAAGUCACACACAAGAGGUCGAAUCAUCGCUGUGUUUUUCAAGUCACUCUAUUCGAAAUCACACGAGGUCAUAGAGGCAGCCAAUUCUGGACUAAAGGGUGUUCUUGCACAAACUAACAAGCUUCCUAAAGAUUUGUUGCAAAACGGUCUUCGCCCGAUUCUAAUGAAUCUCUCGGAUCCAAAGCGGUUGAAUGUCGCAGGGUUGGAGGGUCUCGCAAGGCUACUAGAACUCUUGACAAACUACUUCAAGGUCGAAAUCGGAAGUAGGCUACUGGACCAUUUGAAGAACCUUGCGGAGCCCAAUGUUCUACAGCAAACAUCUUUCAAAUUACUUGAGCAAAAUCCAAAUAUCCGUGUCAUUGCGUCGAUCUUGAAUAUUUUCCACCUCCUACCACCCGCAGCGGUUCAGUUCUUGGAGGAAAUGUUCAAAAUCGUAAUUGAUUUAGAGGAAAAGCUUCGUCGGACUCAACAUAGCCCCUUUCGUGCACCGCUACUCAAAUUCGUGAAUCGAUAUCCAGCUGAGACCUGGGGAUUCAUCAAACCGAAGAUGACUGAUCUGAGAUAUGGUAGGAUUUUUUCUCAGUUAUUAGCUGACGAAUCCAGUGAAGCUAUGCGAAAUGUUGUGAGUUCAGAUACCACAGGACUUCUUGGGGCAACAAUCAACAUUGAGGGAAAGACGGAAGAAGAAAGGUUCGUGGCACAAGUAAAUGCGGUAAAUAUCGUUUACUCUAUUGCUCGGCACCCUAGCAGUGCCGAGUGGUUAGUAAAAAACCGCGAUUUGAUGGAGAGACUAUUGAGGGCUGGGGUGGAAAUUAGGGAGAAGUUGAAGGAGGGGAAGGUACCUGUGCCGAUCAGACUGGGGGUCGACCAGUCUUCAGAAACAUUGCAGGAAAUUUUUAUGUUAUAUCUCACACAUGCGGAGCAAGAUUUGGAGUUUCUUUUUCAUGUGAUUGAUGCACGGACAUCCAAUAAGCUCAAACGAUCAAAUGCUCUCACGCACUACAUCUAUACAAAAAUCAUUUGCGCGGGGUCUAUCGAACACUGGAGGAACGUAAUACACAGGUGCUUGGAUUUGUACACUACCAAGGCUUCGACGCAAGAUACCAAGACUUUCGCAUUUCGCCAUCUUGUCAACCCGAUUUUAGCUAUGGAUGUUCAACGCGGGUCACUCCCAGUCAAUGGCCAGAAACUUGUCGAUAGGAACAUGAUUGAAGCCAUACAUGCAAAAAUCUGGCGGCCUAAUCUAGGCGAUAUUGGGGACGAUGCAUCUCCUGGUCUGGAUCACUCAAGGAUGGAAUUGCUCCAAAUGUCCGCUCUCCUUAUCAAGGAUCAUAACUCUAUACUGGCCGAGGCAAGGAAAGAUGUGAUUAAAUUCGGAUGGAAUUACAUCAAAUUGGAGGAUAUUGUCAACAAACAGGCGGCAUAUGUCCUAAUUGCCUUUUUUAUAAAACACUACGACACUCCGUCAAAGAUAGUGAUUCAGAUAUAUGUGGCUUUGCUCAAAGCUCAUCAGCAUGAAGGAAGAGCACUUGUUACGCAGGCAUUAGAAUUAAUCGCCCCGGUGCUCAAGAAGAGGGUGCCCAAUGUCAGCGAUCCCAGAUAUCCUAUUUGGGCGAGAUGGCCGAGGAGAAUUUUGUCGGAAGAAGGCCACAACCAGCAGCAGAUGACGAAUAUUUUUCAAUUCUUGGUAAAGCAUGGGGAUUUAUUUUAUGAGUCUAGGGAGCAUUUUUUGAGCUGGAUUGUUACAUCAUUACCAAAGUUGGUUUUGCAUCUACCAAAUCCGUCGACAGAGAACAAAAAGCUUUCCAUCAACCUCAUGAUUCUUAUUCGGGACUGGGAGAAACGACGAUUUACCGAAAUGCAAAGUCAAAGUCCUGACGCAUCGCCCUCCCGUAAACGAAAGCUUCAGCAACCACCAAGUGACUCUCGGUCACCCUCGAUAGGUGGCUCUCAGGGUAUGGCGGGUAAUACGGAGUACGCAGUAGCUCAGCCACUUCGUAUCUUGGUGAUUAAGCAUCUCGUCACUUUCAUUUGCAGUUUAAACGAAAAGUUCUCAACUAGUGAUCUGUGCAGAAAAGCGUUGGGAUUGCUAGCAGAUUUCCUUGGGCCAGAAUAUUGGGGGGAUCUUGAAAUUGAACUGUUUCCGAAGAUCAUGGACCAGCAUCUUGUCACAAAUGAUAUCACUGAGGCCCAACACUUGCCCGGGUUUCUCAACGCUUUGCAGGUUCUGAGGGUCAUCUUGGAUCUCAAAUCAGAUGAAUGGGUGAUGCAACGCCUGCCAGAACUCCAGAGAAUCUUAGAGAAAUCAUUGAGAUCUGAUCUGCCUGAAGUUCAGGAAAGCCUUCAGCCCGUUCUUGCUCGCGUGCUACAAGCUAUUCCGGCGGAGAAGGAGGAAGGAGAAGAAGAGGAGGAGGACGUCAAAGACUCUCCGGCCACGGUAUUCACAACUUUACUCACUACUAUCGUCCAAGAAAAUCUCAACACAAACUUGAUGUCUAGCGUUCAUAUCCUGUGGACCCUCUCUCAAAAGCGACCUGCUGUUAUUGACGAUCAUAUUGCAGCUCUUAUGAAAGCAUUCCAAAAAAUCGGGAAAGAUCACCUUUCAUCCACUGCAGCAACGCCAGGACAGUCCCUAGUCGUCAACCUGCCGAACUCGGUGAAACCGGAGCCAAACGCUGGUGGGAACUCUCAAGUUUUUGACGCGGAAACAACAACAAAGCUCCUUCGCAUGGUGAUUGAUGUAGCUGCGUCUAGGGUUUCAGUUUUAGGGGAUCAACGACGGCCAUUUUUGAGUGUCAUGGCACAAUUGGUGGAAAAAUCAUCAAGUACAGAAUUAUGCACAAAGAUUUUGGGAAUUGUGAGGGAUUGGGUAUUUGGGUCUACGGAGUCUUUUCCAACUCUGAAAGAAAAGACGGCUGUUCUGUCAAAGAUGCUCUCAUUCGAGACACGACCUGAUCCUAUACUUUGCAGCAAGUUUUUGGAUCUCGUUAUUGACAUCUAUGAGAGUCCAGCUGUCAACAACACGGAACUGACCGUUCGCCUUGAGCAUGCCUUCCUGGUUGGAACACGGGCGAAGGAUGUUAAUAUGAGGAAUCGAUUUCUCCAAAUCUUUGACCGGAGCCUUUCUAGGACAAUUAGCAGCCGCAUUAGUUUCGUUUUGGGUACACAAAAUUGGGAGACGCUAGCCGAUUCGUAUUGGCUCAACCAAGCAACCCAUUUACUUUUUGGAUCUGUCGAUAUGGACACUCGGGUGGAGCUACACAGUGAGGAUUUGAGAAUUGCGACAGCCUCGUCUAUAUUCUCGACAUAUAACGCGGACUCAAGGAAAGAUUCGCUUAUGUUUGACGAUAAAUUUGAAGACCUUAUGUAUCGUCACAGAAAAUUCUGCCAAAGUUUAGCUGAAGUCAAAGCAGGUGAUAUAUUCCAACCAAUUGCCCAACUUCAACAUUUGGAUGCAUCGGUUGCCCACCAAAUUUGGAUCGCCCUCUUCCCGUUGUGUUGGUCUGCACUAGGCAAAGAGGACCGUCAAGAUCUCUCGCGUGGCAUUGUUGGACUUCUGGCCAAGGAGUGGCAUCAACGUCAAAUGGACAAAAGGCCUAAUGUCAUACAGAGUCUGCUUGAGGGGUGUGAGAUAGCCAAGCCAAAAUUCACAUUGCCCCCGCAUAUGGUCAAGUUUCUUAGCAAGACGUAUGAUGCGUGGUAUACGGCAUUACAUAUGCUCGAAGAUUCUGCCAACGUUCCGCCCAUGGACAGCCCGAUUGUUCGUGAGAGUAACUGUGAUGCGCUUGCCGAGAUGUAUUCUGCAAUCCAGGAAGAAGACUUGUUUUAUGGUCUUUGGAGGCGUCGGGCCGAAUACCUCGAAACCAAUGCUGCCGUUUCCUUCGAGCAAAAUGGCAUGUGGGAUAAGGCUCAACAAAUGUAUGAGAAUGCACAAAUCAAGGCACGAACUGGAGCGUUACCAUUUUCAAACUCGGAGUACAUGUUAUGGGAAGAUCACUGGGUAUUGUGCGCUCAGAAGCUACAACAAUGGGAAAUCUUGAGCGAAUUUGCAAAGCAUGAAAACUACAACGACUUACUUCUAGAGUGCGGAUGGAGAUUACUUGAGAACUGGAAUGGAAUUGAUGGUGAACGCAUGGAUCAGACUAUCAAAUCUUUGAUGGACGCACCAACGCCUAGGCGCUUUUUCUUUGCUGCUUUCAUGGCCUUGCAGAAGGUUCACCAGAAGACUGAGGUUCCUGCUGAGUUUUCAAGAUUGUGUGAUGAGGCAAUUCAGCUCUCACUUCGAAAAUGGCAUAAUCUGCCACGCCGAAUCACCAAUGCACACAUACCCCUUUUGCAAGCAUUCCAGCAAUUGGUAGAACUUCAUGAUGCCAGCGUAAUAUACAGUAGCUUGUCAACAACAAAUGCGCAGAACUUAGACGCGAAAUCCCAAGAGCUCAAGCUUCUUCUGGGUACAUGGAGAGACCGUUUACCGAACGUUUGGGACGAUAUCAAUAGCUGGCAUGACUUGGUCACUUGGAGACAGCAUAUCUUCCAUUCAAUCAACAACACUUACCUACCUCUUCUUCCAGUUCAGGCUCAAAGCGCGGGUGGUAACAGCAGCAACAAUUCCUAUGCCUACCGCGGAUAUCAUGAGACUGCCUGGAUAAUCAAUCGUUUUGCUCAUGUUGCCCGCAAACACCAACUACCGGAAGUAUGUAUCAGCCAAUUAAGCAAGAUCUAUACAUUGCCGAACAUCGAGAUACAGGAAGCGUUCCUCAAACUCCGGGAGCAGGCUAAGUGCCAUUACCAGAAUCCCUUGGAACUUACGCAAGGUCUCGAGGUCAUCAACAAUACCAAUUUGGGUUAUUUUGGCGCUCAGCAAAAGGCCGAGUUCUAUACAUUAAAGGGUAUGUUCUUGUCAAAGUUGAAGCAAAAAGAAGAAGCAAACGAGGCUUUCGGAUUAGCUCUUUAUCACGACCUGAAGCUUCCAAAAGCUUGGGCUGAAUGGGGCUAUUAUAACGACUCUCUAUUCAAAGAAACACCUGGGGAGAUGCAGCCGGCAGGGAAUGCUGUUAGUUGUUAUCUCGAGGCUGCUGGCCUUUAUAAAAGUGGAAAAGCAAGGAAACUAUUGGGCAGAGUUCUUUGGCUGCUUAGUUUGGAUGACGCUAGUGCCACGAUAUCUUCGGCAUUCGAUGCUUAUAAAGGGGACACACCCGUGUGGUACUGGAUUACUUACAUUCCUCAGCUAUUAACAUCACUAUCUCACAAGGAGGCUCGCCUUGCCCGGGGAAUUUUGAUCAAAAUUGCAAAAAGCUAUCCACAAGCACUUUACUUCCUUUUGCGUACCAGUCGAGAGGAUUAUCAAGUUAUCAAAAAACAAACCGCUGCCGCUGCCGCAUCCAAUCGCGGGAAAGCAGGGUCCCCCAUUGUUACACAGGCUACACCUCUUGUGCGUCAAGGCAGUGUUCCAAAUGGCACAGAUGCUGGAAGGGCAUCCAGUCCCCAAGGAAACCAAAACGUUCAAACUCAAACAAACAGUGCUGGAUCGCCAAUAGUCCCCAAUGGACCAAGUGUCUCGUCUCCUGCUGCAGCAGUACCCAGCCCUCAGCCCCAGGUGAAACGCCUACCGUGGGAGUAUGCCGAAGAGAUCAUGUCGGUUCUCAAGACAGCGUUCCCGCUUCUUGCGCUCUCAAUGGAAACUAUGGGUGACCAGAUUCAAAAGUUUUUCAAGUGCCCUCCAGACGAAGACGCUUAUCGCUUGAUCGUAGCGCUUCUGAACGAUGGCUUACAGUGGAUCGCCCGUAUAAACCCGUCACUUGAUGACUCGAAACUGCCCCCUUCUACCGAAUCGAAUAUCACACGAUUUGCCGAAACGAUCUUACCUGCCAAUAUUCGAGUCGCAUUCGAGGCCGAUUUCGUGAAUGUGAAGCCCAAUUUGUUCGCUUAUAUUGAGAGAUUGCGAAAAUGGAGGGACCGGUUUGAGGAGAAGUUGGAUCGCAGACCGCCGUAUCAAAAUCUUGAGAAUUACAGCCCGCAUCUCAGUGAAUUUAGGUUCCAGAAAUUUGAUGAUGUCGAAGUCCCUGGUCAAUAUUUAUUACACAAGGACAACAAUAAGGACUUUGUUCGUAUCGACAGAUUCCUCCCACGAGUAGAUGUUGUUCGUGGGUAUGGUGUUUGUCACAGGCGUUUGAAGCUCAGGGGACACGAUGGUAGCGUACAUGCAUUCGCUAUUCAACAUCCUGCAGCCAGACACUGCCGUAGGGAGGAGAGGAUACUCCAAUUGUUCCGCAUUUUCAAUGGUGUUCUAAGUCGAAGAAAAGAAAGUCGUCGCCGAAACCUUGGUUUCCAUCUUCCAUUGAUGGUUCCACUAGCACCUCAUAUUCGCAUUGUUCAAGAUGACUCCUCCUACAUCUCACUCCAGGGAAUAUACGAAGAUCAUUGUCGACGAACAGGAAUGAGUAAAGACGACCCAUUGAUCUUUUCUCUAAAGAAAGUCAUUGCUUCGCUCGACCCCAGCAAACCUGCAACACAGCUUGUCAGCCCUAACAUCAAAUUGGAAAUUUUUAACGCAAUCCAGAAAGAGAUGGUUCCUCAAGACGUUGCCCUUGAAUUCUUAUCCAAAUCCUAUCCUUCUUUUACCGAAUUUUUCCUUUUCAGACGACAGUUCUGUUACCAAUACGCCGCAUUGACGUUCAUGACUUACAUAAUGAGCAUGAGCAAUCGGUUUCCACAUAAGAUGUUCAUCGCUAGAGAAACAGGCAAUAUUUGGGGUUCUGAGCUCAUCCCUGCAAUGGCGUCAACGAAUGCCUUUUUCCACAACAAUGAGACUGUUCCAUUCCGUUUCACCCCCAAUAUACAAACCCUGAUGGGACCAAUUGCCAUUGAAGGUAUAUUUUCUUGCGCUGUAAUGGCAAUUGCUCGCUGUCUCACAGAGCCUGAGUUCGAACUCGAACAACACCUCAGUGUCUUUGUGCGUGACGAGAUGAUUUUCUGGUUCACCCAGCAGCACCGUUCUGGACUCGGAGAACAACAGCUCCGUGAAAAAGUUCAAAUGAACUCUGAGAUUAUUUGUAGAAGGGCAACAUCUCUGGCACAGGCUGGGCAAGGAAACCUGCCUGCGAACCAAACCGUUAUUGAUCUUAUCAAUAAGGCCGCAAAUCCUAUAAAUUUGGCGCAAUUGGAUAACCUUUGGAUGCCUUAUCUAUAG